GCACAUUCAAUGUUUAUAAAAUUUCGAUUAAUUCUAUUUGGACGGGAUUGAGUCAAGGUGUGUGAAUGGUUUUUUUUUUCGUUUCUUAAUGCGCGCAAGAUGGAACAAUCUGAAGUAAUUUAUGAAAUCAAUCAAGAAAUGAUUCAAACGGAACAACAACCGACACCGGAAUCAUCGACAGCUGUCGAAAUGCCACAAAUUAAACAAGAAAUUACCGAAAAUAAUAUGGAAAUUGAAAAUGAUCAUCAAAUAUUGAUCGAACAAGAAGGUUAUCAGGUAUCGAUCGAUGAUUUUGUCGCUUUUCACAAUGAACAAGUAAAAACAUUGAAAGAAGAUAAUAAUUAUUUGUCAAAAAGUUUUGAAAUAAUGUACAAGUUUAAAACUGUAUUGGAUCUUAUUAUUGACGAUUAUUUCAAAGAUGACAAACAUUUUAAAUAUAAAACCAUUGUCGAAUCGUUGGAAACCGAUCUUGUCACUUUUAUCGCUGAUGAUGAAGAAAAAUAUCAAUCAUUAAUUCAAGAAGUUAAUACAGAUAUUGUUUUGAAUGAAGAUAAUCAGCUUGAAUUUGUUGAACUUGAUAAUCCUAAUGAAGAAGAAGAGGAAGUUGUCAAUGGAAUCAACGAGUUCGGUCCAUCAAUCAUUCGCAGACUUCCCGGGCAAAAAUCUGCUCCGCUUCCAGAAUGCCCGGCAUGUGGAUUAAAAGUUCGUUGCCGUCUUAAAUUAGAAGGACAUCUAUUGGAACACGAAGAUAAUCCAUUGGUUGUUUGUAAUCAUGAAAAUUGUGAGACUGCGUUUGCGUUACAUGAAUUAACACAACACGAAAAAGAUUACCAUCCAGAUGUCUGUUUAAUAUGUGAAAUGUGUAAUGAAAUGUUUGAUAACAAGACAACUUUAGUUCAGCAUUAUAAACUUCAUAUAUCGAAAAAGGAAAAAUUGAAAUGUAACUUUCCGGGUUGUGAUUAUACCGAUAUAUAUGCUGGCCGUUUGGAUCGACAUAAAAAAAUUGCACACAAUAUUGAAGUUACCAAACAAUUUAAAUGCGAUUUUGAAGGAUGUGGUCGUAUAUUCAAAGAUCGACCAUCAUAUUAUACACAUUCAUUAAUUCAUAAAGAUCGAAGUUUGGUUUAUAAACACAAGUGCACUUAUGAAAAUUGUGGUGCCGUUUUUAAACGUCGAAGAAAUCUGGCUUUACACAUGCUAAAACACGGCUAUGUUAAACGAAAAUAUACAUGCAUGUAUGGUGAAUGCAGACGAACAUAUGCGCGCGAAAGAGAAUUAAUGCGACACAUUGAAUUGGUCCAUCGAGCUCGUCUCAAAAGCGAACCAAUUGAUGGUGAAGAAUUGGCAGCCAAUGAAACAGAAAAUGAAGAUGAAAAUAAAAAUGAUGAUGAUUCCAAUACCGAAGAUGGUAUGACAUUGGUUAAACGUAUACGAAAGAACAAAUCGAUCGAUAGUGAAUAUUCUGAUUCACAAUUAGAUGAUGAUUCACCGGCAAAUACGGCAAGAAAAAUAUUAUUUAUGAUGAAUAAAAAUAGCAGUAAUCCACAAGAAUUGGAAAUUAUUGGAGGCAGUGUUAAUGACAUUUAUCAAGAUAAUGAUCUUAUUGGAACUGAUUGUGAACUAUGUCAGAAAAAUUUUGGAUCAACCGAAGGAUUAUUAAAUCAUUUAAAAGAUCGCCAUCAUCAAUAUACGGUUAAAGCUUAUCGUUGUGAUCAUGAAAACUGUGACUUUGCAACACAUUUCCGUUCGAUUUUGGGUAAACACAAAAACGAUGUUCAUGGUGGUAAAUACAAAUGUGAAGUUUGUGGCAAAUUAUCUAAAGAUUCUGGCAACCAUAAUCGUCAUCGAAAUAUUCAUAAAAACAUUCUUUAUCGUUGUAGAGUGGCCGGAUGUGAUGCUGUUUAUAAAAGUCCAAAAGCGUAUUAUGUUCAUGUAUUGACACAUUCAAAUGAACAACCAGUUUAUGCUUGUGAUCAUCCUGGUUGCAAGUAUAUUACCUAUUACGUUAAUACAUUGAAUGUACACAAAUUGACACAUUCAGAUAUAAGAAAUUUUUUCUGUCCUUAUGAAAAUUGCGGCAAAGGAUUCAAACGUAAUGGUGAUCUUAACAAGCAUAUCAUACAUUCACAUAAAGGUGUGAAAAGACCACAAAAGAAACGUCAACGUCAAUCGAAUAAUGAUUCACAACUUAUAAUGUACCGUUGUAAAUAUGAAGGAUGUAAUUUUACUAGCGAUGAUGGUGAUCAAAUUAGUAAACAUGAAGAAGAACAUGAACAUGAAAUGGUUCCCGAAAAUGCCGAAGAAGAAGAAUAUUAAUCUAUAAUUCUUUGUUUAUUAUUAAUGAUUUUGAAUAAAAAAUGUU